AAAUUUUCAUCUAACUUCCGGAGUAAACAAGUAAAAUCGAGAGCUUUCUACUAUUUUCUAUUCCAAGAAAGGAUAGGAUUAAUUAAAGAUUAGUAUAGCAUAGAUUAUAGAGUCUAGAUAGAUCUAUUCCCUAAUAUUCUAGAUUAGUAAACUCUUCAAACUUAAAUACAAAUGUCAACAAUAAAUUACAGUAAGUGGGAUCACAUUGAGAUCUCUGAUGAUGAAGAUGACACCCAUCCAAACAUUGACACUCCAAGUUUAUUUCGAUGGCGCCAUCAAGCCAGAGUUGAGAGAAUGGAAGAACAAAAAAAAAAGAAAGAGAAAUUUGAACAUGAGAAACAGGGUCAUCAGAGUAAACUUGCAGAAAUGAAGAGAAAGCUGAAAGAAUCUGAUGAGGCAUCAAGUGAAUUUCAAAAACUGAAAAUAGAAAUCUCAGAAUUGGAGAAACAAGAGGAAGAAUUCAGAAAGAAAGAAGAAGAGUUAAAGAAGGAGGAGAGACUGACACCACUCAAUAUUGACACAAUCUGCAAAGAAGGAGCUUCCAAAACUCUGAUCAAUAAAACAGCUCAGCCUCCUAAAGAAUUAACAGAGGAAGAAAAAAUUCAAAGACAGCAAGAGUUUACCAAAAAGUACAAGAAAGAGAUUCAGAAGUAUGGCAUGUUACAGAAGUGGGACGACAGUAAACAGUACUUACAAGAACAUAAUUACUUAGUCUGUGAAGAGACGGCCAACUACCUUGUUAUUUGGUGCAUAGACCUGGAGGUGGAAGAGAAACAUGAGUUGAUGAAACAUGUUAGUCAUCAGUGCAUUGUCAUGCAGUUCAUUUUGGAACUGGCCAAAAGCCUCAAGACAGAUCCUCGAAGUUGUGUUGGUGCAUUUUUCUCAAGAAUUAAACUUGGUGAAAAACAAUACACGGAUGCUUUCAAUGAUGAGCUGGAGGCUUUUAGAGGCAGAAUUGAGGAAAGAGCAAAAAUAAGAAUUGAAGAAGCAAUGAAAGAAUAUGAAGAGGAAGAGCGUAAAAAAAGACUGGGGCCUGGUGGCUUAGAUCCUGAAGAAGUAAUGCAGACCUUGCCUGAGAAAUUGAGGAAGUGCUUUGAGUCUCAAGAUAUUGAGCUGCUACAGAAAACAGUUGCAGAAAUGCCUCAGGAAGAAGCUAAAUACCAUAUAGAGCGCUGCAUCGACUCAGGGCUCUGGGUACCCGGUGGUGGAGAUGAUGAUAAAACUGAAGAAGCUAAAGAAGGGGAAAGUGCCAGUGGGGCAACCAAAGAGUCUGGCGAUGAAGUUUAUGAUGAGGUGAACUGAGUAAAUAACUGUUAGUUUUGGUGUAUUUCAUUGAAAUAAAAUUAUCUUCAAAUGAUGACAAACAUCACCAUGUAUACAAUUACCAAUGCUAAAUUGUAUUUGUCAUAGAUUACAUGCAUCUUUCAUUUUCCUCAUGAUGUUUAUACAAGUAUGGCUGUAUAAAAAGGUUUAUUUUAAUAUCUAUUGUUCAUUUUGUUUCAUAUUCACAUUUUGUUGACUUGUUCAUAUUCAUGAAUUUCUGCUUUCACCAAAAGGAAUUAUUUUGAGAUUAGCAUAUGUCUUGAAGAUCCAAUGUCUGUCAUACUCUCCUUUUUUAUUUUGUUCCUUUUUCUCACCAAAUUUUUAUUGUUUUCCAGUUGAGACUUGAAGCUUUGUAUUAAUUAUAAACAUUUGAUCUUUCACUAACUACUACAUUAGAAGUAUAAAUGUCUGAACAUUUGUAUUUAUAUAAAAAAAAAGAAUAGCCCAUAAUUAAAUACAUCUAGCUUCAAUCAUCAAAUUCAUUUUAAAUGUACUAUUAUUAUUAAAAUUUUUAUUUUCAUUAA